ACAAACCAACCAGCCAACCAACAUAUGGGAAAAAUGUGUUUCAUUUGUUUUGUCGUAUUUUAGUCAAUAGCGAGAUACCGUUUUGAACGGACUUAAAUGUUUUCAAUACCGAAGCGAAAGAGCAAAAGAAAAUUUCAAAAUAAAAACAAAAACCCCAAACAGAUCGAUUUACGUACGUCAAAGUCGUCGUGAUAAAACCUAGUGUCGAGAACUUCAGUUCAAAAUAAAGAAAAUUAAAAAAACCUAAAUACCGAUUUUAAUUUUGCCUAACGUGGGAAUUAAAAUAAAACAAAAAAAAUUGUCUUUUUGUUUAAUAACAGAGAGCAACAAAAGCCAUUGUUUUGGUUUUGUAAAAAACCAAAAACAAAAAUAUAAAUAAAUAAAUGGAAAAAUAAUAUGUGUACGAGGCGACAGAAUAGUACCAUAAAGUCCAAUUGUCUUUCUUAUCAGUGUUUUUAAAUAUUUAUUCGAAAUUUACAUUGUGAGUGUGUGUGUAUUUUACUCCUCAUCUGUUUUUGUAAAAUAUAGUAUAUGUUUACAAGCCAUACAUACAUACAUGCAUACGAGCAUCAUUCUCAACAAUAAUAAAGCCAUAAUUUAAAAAUCAAUAAAAAUUAAACGAAUACAAAAUUCCAAUCAAUUAAAAUUGUUUCAAUUUUUCAUGGUUUCCCAAACAAAGCUCUGUCUGCUCUCAAGAAUCGAUCGAUCCCAUGUCAAUGCUCAAAAUUGAAAUAUAAAUUUACAAAAAAAAAAAAAAAAAAACCAAGCGUUCCAAAAUUAAGCAUUGAUAUUGUUGUAAUAUUAAAUUGUUGUUUUUGUGUGCCGCACUUCAUUCGACCAGUGUCUGGUGGUGUUGUUCGGUGAUUAUUAUUUUCUUGUGUUUUCUGUUGUUGCUAUUAUCAUCAUCAGUGUUUCUUGUAAAAGAAAAAGAAGUGAAGUGAUUUGCCUUACAACAUCGUAAGUUUUAAUUCUCAGUGUUGUUUUUUUUAAAAAAAGUUUACAAAGAAAUAUUUAAAGAAGCAACGAAAAAAGGGAAGAAAUCUUUUAAAGCUAAGUCAAAGUGAAGAAAGUUUAAAAUAUACCAGUGAAACGUAAUAAAUAAAUAAAAGAGAAAGAAAUCACCAAAAGUUACACCCUCAAGAAUUUCAAAAAGGAAGAGCGAAAAAAUCUGUGCUUUACAUGUUGUACAUCAAAUAUCAGCAACAAUUUGUAACUGGUGGCCACUCUCAUAGCACUGGGAAUAUUUAAUAACUGGGAAAGCCCUUGCAAUUCCUUGUAUUGGAUUAUUUAUAUUAAAAACAUCCAUUGAUGGUAUUGCAUAAAAAAAACUGAAAACCAUAGAGUAACAGCAUUCGACACAAAACGGCACAGCACGUGAUAUAUGUAUGAAGCCGAAGAAGAUGCUGCUGAUGAUGAUGAUUGCUCAUAACGUAAAACUGGGGAGUCAACAACAUUGCACUACUGCACACUGUGACAUCUGAAGCGCAGAGCUCUUAUUGUAAAUUUUGAAACGCUUGCUGCAACAAUCUACAAAUAAUUUCGUGGCAACAAAAUUCUUGGGUAAAAUCCCCAACCACUACAACGGGAGAGGCCCCUUGAAAUGCCAGUCAAUGCGUUCGCCAAACCCUAAAUGUAUUAUGAAAAUACAAGAAACCAAUUAUUUGCAUUUUUUUCGUAAAACUAAUAUUGAAAAAUAAUUAAACCAAAAUCAGCAAACCUAAGCACAAGAGAAGAUACAACGAAUAGGGAGAGAGAGAGAGAGAGAAAAAUAAAACAAAAAUAAAAAACCCCAAACGAAAAAGAAAUCCCCAACAAAAUGGAUUUCACACCCACAAUAUGCAUAGCACGGCUACUGGUGGCGCUGCAAGUGCUAAUGACUUUGCUGGUGAUGCCCUUGAGUAGCGUCAUGAUGACAACAUCCGCCUUACCGGUAACCUCGAAGCCCAUUGAAAGUACGGCCGAAAAUUUGGCAUGGCAGGCAUGGAUAAUGCUGCCGCCCGAACAGAAGCAGCUAAUCAAGUCACGUAAAGUUACACCCAAGUCGAUUUUCACGCUGCCGCAUAGGGUACAGUGUCCUGAAGGUCAUCAGCAGGUCGAUAUGAAAUGUAUCCCAACUGUGGUGGGUUCCAAUGCAGUGCUGAUUGAUGUCUUGGGCCUGGUAUUGGGUGAUGCACCCACAGCCGAUGUGGAAUACGAUUAUGAAGAUGAACCGGUUAUGGGUGAUGCCAGUAAUGCUGGGAAUAUGCCCUUUAAUCCUCCCCUGUAUUUGACGGCUGGAAAUGAUGGAAAAUCACAUACGGAAACGGUGUUGGAACUGAAACCACCCAGUCAAGAUGAGCCAUUGAAAUUUAAUAUUUUUCAAAGUAAAUUUCCCACCGAUGAUUAUCCCAUGGAAGAUUAUUCCGGAAUUUCUAAUGAGGGAGGUUCAGCUCAGGCCCCAACUCCAGUUGUGAUGGAAGAGGAAAAACAAUUGGUGGUGAAUACUUCGCAAACUUUGAAUGUAACAAAUAGCCAGGAUUUGACCGGGGAGGCCAGUAAUGUUUCCAAGACCCAUACGCUGAGUCACCUACCAGCUGGCGGUGAAUUUAAUUUGGCAAGUUUGGAGGCCAUAUCGGUGCCAGCCUCUGGCCAGGGCCAUGAUCAAAAUCGCCACACCAUUUCUUUGUUCAAUGAAGAUUCGGCCAUACACCUGGUGACCACAAUGAUGGAUACAGAAGAGGAGGAGGAAAAUCGGAAAGAAGGGGACAAGGAAAAAAGUAAUUUCCAUGACUUGGAUUCCUUGCUGCAAACCGAAUCCCUGAUGCCAAUGUUAAAUCAUACCACUGCCUCAACCAUCAUGGCCCUGGACACUUUACCUUUGUUGCAGUCCAACAGCAGCCAACCAAUGGAAUUAGAAAAUCCUGUUGUUCAAAUUGAAAAUGUUGAUGAAAUGACCACAAUUUUACCGGAUCUCAUGAGCAGCGGUCAUACCACCUUGGCGGAUGAUGAUGUGGAGCAACAAACCAAGGCUGAAUUUAUUCGCAGUGUUACCAUGAAUCCAUUGUAUGAUGAGUACGUCAAUGAGGAAGGAGUGGUGGAGGAGGAGCAGGAUGAUGAAUUUACAACAACCUUGACCCCAUCCUCGAGUAAUGAUAUUGAAAUGUGGCAGAAGAUGAAGGAGAGGGAGGACGAAGCUGACGAUGAUAAUGCUGUGGAAACCACAACAAUAGAUCCAUUAACAACUAUACAAUUGGAUGAUACCACCAUUAUUGAGGGUAAUAUUGAAAUUACAACAAUAAUACCACAAGAACAAGAGGCAGUCGAAUCAUCCUUGACAAGAGCAAAAACAACAACAACAACAACCACGAGAAUAAAUGAAGAAACCAUCACUCCCACCUCCUCCACCACGACCCCUGCCUCGGACAAGAAACAAUUGAUUCAGGAUUUUGAAGAAUUACAAAAAGAUCAACAACGUAAUGUAAAGCAGAAAUCGAAAGUAGAACCGGUCGAGGUGUUGGCCACAAGAACAACAGCAAGUCCAGCAACAACAACUACAGCAUCAUCGGCAGCUUCUACAUCUGGAGCUAUGGCAAGCCAGCAUGAGACAACGACAACAACGGAUGAAUUAAUAACAAGCGGAGAAACAGUGACACCGUUACUUACCGUCCAUAAUAAUGGCAACGAUAAUAUUGACAACAACAAAAACAAUAACAACGACAACAACAACGAUGUCAAUAAAGCCAACAACAAGAACAGUACCAGUAAUGACCGGUUUUACUAUCAACACUUUGCCAAACAAGAUCUUGAAAGUGCUGCACUUAAAUCUGAUGUAGCCAAGGAAACACCAACGACAACAGUAACAACAACAGCGCCUACCACUUUGCCUUCUACCACAGCAGUAACGUCAGCAUCAGCAGAGGUAUCUGCAAAAGCUCCGGCAGCAACAAGUGAAAUUGAUCUGGCCGAAGAAUUGCGUUUAAUUAAUGAAUUGGUGAAGGGCAAACGUCCAGGUAUAACCUUAACCGCAGCUGAGGCGACAACAUUGAAAACUACAACAACAACAACAAGAAAAACGACAAAAACAACAACAACAUCACAAAACGAUGACGUUGAUAAUGAAAUUCAUACAUCACCCAAGCCAAUGGCUCCAGCCGCUGCAUCAACAUCACCCGUUCCGGCACCAAGUGAAAGUUCAGCCAGUUCUGCCAUGAAAUAUUCACUGGAAACAACAAAAAUAUGGUCGAAAAUUAUGCCGUUGAUAAAAACCACAACAACUACAACAACAACGGAAAAAUCCCCUGAGGUUUCCGGAAAUUCGAAAACAAGUGAAACAUCACUUGGCAAUUUCGAGGAGAAUGAAGAAAGCUCCGCUGUUGCGCCCAGUACCUCCAGUGGGCAAACAGAAACAACUGCAACAACAACAACAACACCAAAUGCUGCUAGCCUAGUAGUAAGCAAUCGUAGUCAUAGAAAUAGUAAAAUUAUACGGAUAAAUGGUUUAAAUAGUUUAGAUUACAAGCAAGGUAAGAAAGCAACAACAACAACAACAGCAAAUGAAGAUAUUUCCUCAACGACAAGUACAGAGGCCAAUCCAGAGGAAACCUCAACAAGAGAAUCUAAAUCGUCUGGCGAAAAUGAUGAUGAAAACAUUGAAACCCAUGAUGAUGAUGAUGAAGUGGCGGAUGAUAGUGCCUAUGGAUCCUUUUGGUGGUUACCCAUAUCCUGGCGUUUAGAUGGCUCAUCCAACAAAGAAUCAUCGUCAUCAUCAUCAUCAACGACAACAACAAGUACCACAGCUAAACCCCAAGAAACUUCCAGCCAACAACAACAGCAGGAAGAUAUGCCAUUAUUGCUACGAUUUUGGUCAACAUAUCAUGCACCGAAAUCAAGUUAAGCCAGCUUUUUUUUUCCUUCAUUGUUUUACUCCCUACAAUCUAGUGGAAGCCAUAGUUCAAAUUUAUUAUUUUAUUAUUACAAAUUUUUUUUGUUUACACCAAUUUUUAAUGUUUUGUAGUUAAAUUUUGCUCAAAGUGAAACUAACUUACAAAAAUGCAUACACAACGUCUCCCCACACACCCCAUACAAAUUCCCACAAAAGUAUUAGUACUAAAGUGAAAAGAAGAUAUCUCUAGGCUAAAGCUAAUGAAUUUGUGGUUUUUAAUUCGGGCAAAACCAAAAACAAAAAACAAA